CACUCAGUUCUACGCUUCUCCAGUAUAAGCAGAACAAUAAUUAAUUUAAACGAAUGUUUUGAGAAAUUUUAAAAAUCGCGAAAAAAAUCGGUUAGAAGUUCAGUUGACGAUGCGAUGGAUAAAAAGUUGUUCAGAGUUCUAAUUUUGAUUGAUAAAGAUGGACGUAAGUGCAUUAGUACCGGCGGGUCUCCAAGGCGGUUUAGACUUGUGUGUAGUUCCCGCGAAUUACAAUAAAUUGUCCGAGAAUUUGAGAAAGAUAACGCCAAUUGGAAUCCAGUGUGCAAUCUUCUGUGGGGGAUCGAGAUGCAAGUACGAAAAUCCAAGAGCCUGGCCGCAGGUGCACAUGACGAUAAAAGAGAUUUUUUCACACUGGGUGACAGACGACGUCCUGGCGAUGGCGCGGCCCAGCACGGCUCAACUUCGGAAGAAUAAUGUUAUUGGCCAGUUCCAAGAAUGGAGUAUAAAGACGGUGAUAAAUUUGCAAACACCUGGAGAGCAUAGUAGUUGUGGGGGACCAUUGGAACCCAGCGGAUUCACUUAUGAUCCCUCGGAAUUCAUGAAACAUGGAAUCUACUAUUACAAUUUUGCAUGGAAAGAUUACGACGACGCGACGAUGAGUAAACUCCUGGAUAUGGUGAAAGUUGUGGCGUUCGCAGUGCAGGAGGGGAGAGUGGCAAUCCACUGUCAUGCGGGUCUCGGUAGAACAGGUGUUCUCACCGCGUGCUAUCUCAUCUACAGUCUGCGGGUUCGUGCCAGCGAUGCCAUUCGAUUUGUUCGCAUAAAACGUCCCGGUGCAAUUCAAACACGUGGACAAAUAAAAUGUAUCCAGGACUUCGAGCACUUUAUUCUUCCACAAAUGAUUGUAUAUCCUGGGCGCAGCAGUGGCCUAGGUGGUAGACUGAACAGUUUGCAGACUUAUCUGAAGAAACAGGCGAAUGCCCUCCAUGGCUAUGAGCAACGCACAUUCAAGCACAUACCGAAAAUUGUCUUCGUAAUUUGUGAAAGAAUCCUGCAACUCUGUGAAUGCCACGAGGAUAAUUCACCGGCGGAAAUCGAAUUUAGAAUUGCGGAAACUCCUUUUACGAAUAAAUUCAUAUCAAAUGCACUGGAGAGACUGCAGGGGAAGGAGAAUAACAUAAGACAUUCACUGUCAUGGGCAGAGUGCCUUUCCGAGGCCUCAUUUUACUCCAGCACUUCGAAAAUUGCAGACGACAGUUUGUCCUCGCGUGACACUGUUGAGGACAUUAAAAGACUUGAUGACGUGUUCUGCGCAUCGCCGGACUCACCCUCGUGUUCUACUAGUUAUCCAACUCUCGAUGACAAUUACGUGGACGAGGUGCUCGGCGAUGGUAUUCGGGGGCAAGAACUCUGUGAGAACGACUGCUAUAAGGAAAUUCAAUCCCAGAUGGACCUGAAAUUUGCCGCAGAGAAGGAAAAAUUCGAAUAUGUCGAUAUUGAGGACGUGAUAAGUGCAAUGAUUUGCGAUCACAUGGAAUUGCCCGAUGAGAAGAAGAAAUGUAUUUACAAAUAUAAAGUGGACUUGAAUAACAGAAUUUCCACCUGGCAGCGUCUAGAGCUGGAAGCAGACCUCGAAGUGCUCACAGGGCUUCUAUUCGAAUGGUUGGAGACUCUGAAAAGACCUGUCCUGGAUGUCGAGAGUUUAAGUCAAAUUGUGAUACGUGGUUCAAGGCCAAAGCAGUGCCUCCAGAAGUUGGAGCCGUGGAAUCGAUACUUGCUGGAGUAUCUUCUUCGUUUCGUGUCACGGCUGAGGCCCAUGACGAUGGACACGCAGAGGCUACUUAUAAGGAGAAUGGUGGCCUCAAUUACACAGCAGAGAGUGAGGAUUAAACAGCUGUUGAUGCCUACAGGAAAAAACUUCCAGAUGUUGCGAGGGGGAACAGCCGGGAAACUAAUGGACUUUUUGAUGUCAUUUUUGAAUUUGAUAGAAGAAAUUAAUACUCAGGAGUACAGUCAUAGAUCCUGGUCAUCUUCUUCCAGAUGGUCCAUCGCUACGAGUCGACUCCAGAAUAUCAAAGAUGAAGAUAUUGACUUGCAGAGUAAAUGUGGGUAAUUGAUUGAUUGGUAUUGUACAUCAUUUUUCAAUAUUUCCGAGGAAAUUUCGAAAUAAAAAAUAUUUUAAAAUA